CACCCGCGGGAGAUUGGAUAAUGAGUUCGGUUCUGCCGGUGCCGGACUGCAGGGCGGUGGCCGUGGUCUUGGAGCAUUUCAUGGAAGUAGAUAAACAGGUGAAGGACAAAGAUCCAACUUUCAAUGAAGACGUCUCACUGCACUUGAGAACGGUGACAGAUGCUGUGAAGGAAUUGGAAGACAUCAGAAGGAAAACACGGGAGCUUCUGGAGGUGGAGACCAUAGAAAACAGCAAGUUACGAUAUAAAAUUUUGCAUCUGCCAAGGAUCAUCACAAGAGAGAUUGAAGAUGCUGUCACUAGCGCUCGGGAGUCCAUUGCUUCAGAGAGGCUUCAGUUAGAAAACGAAUUGAAACACAUCAACCUGGAACUGGAAAGAACUGGAAAGAAGAGGAAAGAUCUUGAAGAGAUGAAUGUAGUUUUGAGUCAACAGGGGGAAACCUUAUGGGACGAACACAGAGAAGCAGUUGAUCUACUAAACCAGCAGAUGGCAGGCAAAGCCCAUCAGAGUAUUCUUGUCAAUGAGACCCACACCAGGCGGAAAGAAGCGGAAGAAGCCGUAAUUGAGUAUCAGAACAAAACCGACGACCUGGAAGAGGAUAUGGCGAUAGAAAGGCAGCAGUUCAUUGAGGAGACUGAUAGACUAACUGCCGAGAUUGCGAAGACACAAAAAAAGACUGAAGAACAAGAUGCCAGAAAUGCAGAAAAGAAAGUAUCUCUCAGCCAGAGGAGGUCAGUGCUCUUCGAUGUGGAAGAGAAAAUGAACACGGAGAAAGAGAAUAUAUCUUCUAUAAAGGGCAAGGUUUUACUUUUGCAAGCUUCACAUGGAAGACUGACAAAUAAACUAGACCUAGAGAUGAAACAGUCAAUGGAUACCUCAAACAAAAUAGACAUUCUAGAACUGCGCAUGGCAAAUAAGAAGGAGGAUUUUUAUAAGCAGAGCAACACUUUGAAGGAUGAAAUAUCAAAGUUAGAUGAGCAAAUGAAGACUGCUGAAAUAUUACAUGAAUCUCUUGUAAAAACGCAUAAAGAUUUGAAGCUGAAAUACCAGACGGCCUCUGCGGAGGAAGACAGGCAGCAUGCGAUGAAGAGAGACACGGCUAAACAACUUGAACAAUCAAGAUCGGCCCUUGACGAAAAACAGGAACUUUUAGGAAAGCUAAAAAUGGAGCUGACAGAAAUGGAAGGCGACACUGAAAAUCUGUUGGAAAGUAUGAGAAUUUCUAUGGGGCAGCUAGCCACUCACGUGGAAGAACUCAGGCAGAAUCUUACAACUGAACGUCAAAAAAGAAUGAGUAUCCAGAUUAAAAAGGGUGAAGUGACCAAGGAGAUGGAGCUUUGGAAACUCUUUGAGGAAGGGUCCAUCACUGAAAUGAAGAAAAGAAUUCAAAACGGACAAAAUAAAAAAGUUUUUUUAACAAAUGAGGGCAGCCGUCUCCAGGGAGAAAUAGAGAAAUGGGACAAGGAGAUCUGCAGCAUAAAUGAAGAACAGACAAAAGCAAGCAAGGAAUAUUCUCAUCAAGUACAAAGUCUUAAGGAUCAGAUAAAAAAUCUGGAGGAGAAAUUGAAGAUUUCCAUUUCAAGUCUAGAAAAUGAGCAGCAGGAUCUGGCCAAGAACAUUCCCAUCAUGGAGGCGGCAGAGGACACUUACAACAAGGAGCAUGACAACUAUGAAGACAUUAAAAAGAAAGCUAGUGCCAUGAAAAGCAAACAGAAAUCCUUGGCGGGAUCCAUUACUACAAUUACAAAGGAUAUUGAGGCGAACUCUAAACUAAAGGACACGAAGAAGGCUUCCUUAAAGGCUCUUAGAAAAUCAGCUUUUCAAAAACUUCAAGGUGACCUGUCAACGUUAAAACUGAUUGACAAAGAAAUUUAUGAAGCAAACCGAAGGCUUGAGCUUGUCAUCAUGGAGAACUGCAGGCUGAAACUGCAAAAUGCACAAUAUAAAGAAGAUAUCAGUGCCAUCAUUAGUGAAUCCCAAAAACACCUAUCAGCUACAAGUCACCUAGAGAAAUACCAGGCAUCUCUCAUUGAGCAUCUGCAUGAAGGUUGGGAUCAAGACAAACUUGUCUGUGGUGACUUUUCUGAGAGAGAUCAAGAGAUCCUGGAUUCCAUCGUGGAGCUUUUAAGAAAAAUCAGCAACAGAGAGGAGAAAGUCGGAUACCUGAAUAGUAUACUACACGAGAAAUACAUCGGACUUUCUUCUCUAUUAGAAAUCAAAACAGGAAAAAAGGCAACGAUUACUUCCAACUGACUCAAGAACUACACCAAUUCCUUGAAGCAGGUUUUAUUUUUUAAAGGACAUCAAAUAAAACUGUAUAUUACAGAAAUUCAUGUAUAA